UCCGUAUUUGUUAUCCUAUUUUUCUAUCUAUUUUUCUAUUACGUCGAGACGGGAAGUUCAAACCAUUUGAUAUGGACCUCUCAUAUAAUGUCGUAGCUGCCAACUGUGCUACGCAGAUGGCCAAGUACCAAGAGUGUGUUUUAAAGAACCAGGCUGGUGACUGGAAUCAAAUAUGUCGACCUGAAGGUCGUGCUCUCGCUGCUUGUGCCGACGCUGCUGUUCCGCACCUUGCUGAACUCAAAGCUUCUUGCGCGGAGCAGAUAGCUACCUAUCGACAAUGUCUUGAAAAGCACUCCUCUCAACCCGACGAGGUUAUCUCAAAGAACUGCGGUGGAUUGAUGAAGACGCUAUGGGAGUGCACCGAAAAGACUGUCGCUGACAUUGAGAAGCGCGAAGCUGGGGAGAAGAAGUUGAUCUAGAAGCAAACGUAUGCGUGGUCACUGUUUUGGGAGAAUGGAGAAGGCCUAUCGCAUCAGUCUUGUCUGCAUGAGAUUGCAUAUCGCAUCAAACUUAUGGCCAACUCCUUGCUCUCGAUGUGUUCGAAAUCUUCUCGAAUAUGUCGGCUUGGAAUCCCGUCUUAUCAGAACAAAAACGACAUCAAAACUCUCAGCAAUAAUCGAUGGCUGCUUAAUCCGGGAUUAUCCGGAUAACGACCCCAUUGUCUUCCUUCACCUCGUCUCAAAGGAUUGUCAUCGCAUCCAUUCAACCAAACUACUCAUCGCCGAACUAACGAACGCUUACGACAUCUGAACCUCCAUGUAAGCGAGACCACUUGUCUAUGGAGGGCGGCCACUUCUUCUCUUCAUGCCUCAACAUCCGUCCGCUUCAUUGACUAUUUUAUCACAACUAAUAAUCCUGUUUCAUCCUUUCCGAUGACCGUCCUGCGCUCUCGAGCUCAGAUAUGUUUCACAUCUGGUCCCCACAUUCGUCAGCGAUAUACAUAGGCGGUAGGGGCAUCUUCGUACCACGAUCCGUGACUUGAGAGUAAAAAGCAAGCCCCUUUCUUGGUAGCCUCUACGUUUACCUUGAUGGCGUGAUACGAAUGAUAUCCGGUCGACUUAUCGUGAGAUGGUUGCAUAUAAAGAGCAGCAGGCCGGAUUGUUAACUGUUAAAAAAUUAUGAGACUCGCCACCAGUAUUUCACUCGAACUGUCAAGAAGAUUUGCAACAACCACUCGCAUACGCAACCUACGCACCUGAAUGUUCUCAGAUAACUUUUAUCCUUCGCCACCAUUAACAACUAUGCAGAAUGACCCUCCAAUUUUGGACCCGCUCGCCACAAAAAUGUCGAGCCUCAACUGAAAACCUCAAAAAUUGUCGCCGAUUAUCUCCUGAAAAGCGACUGGACUGCUUGAUAAAGACCAUUUCCUCAGUACUCGCUGCAUACUCAAAGGUGCCAACAGCUUCAUCCCUCCAUAUUUCCGUCCUCACGGGGUUUUAUCAGCGAGCAACAACGCUGUCUCCGUCAGUAGCGCAAUACCACCCUUUGCCGCCGGGCCGACAAUUCUUCGGUCGGUCCCCCUCACUUAUUUCGCUAUCAUCCCUUUCUCUCUUCCAGAACCAUCUGCACAGUGGCAGCCCAUCUACAUCGCAUUCAUGCGUCAACACCCUUACGAGCCUGCAACAUGGUAGUAGUUCCUCUGCGGGGUCUACUGCAACAGAUUGCUCUUUGAUGGGGGAAGAGGUCGUUGCGCUGGAGAAGGAUUGGUGGUCCAAUGAGGUUGUUGUUGCGUAGUAUGGUCCGCGACCUGAGAUCCGUCCUCCGAAGGGAGAGUAUUCGAGGAAGAGAGGUGGGCGAGGAAAAAGCGGAACGAAAUUUGUGCAUUUUGAGAAGACACGCAAGAUUGAGAAGGACGUGGAACACGUCGGUUGGGGAGAUGAGUAAAUUAACCGUUUUAGACCUAGUCCCCUUGUAAUUUUCAGUAAUUUUUAGCGUUCCGAAAUACUUAAACCAUUGACUUGUACUAUUGAACUCUAUAACCCUAUCAAUGCAGUACUAU